AAAAAAAAAAUAUUGGAGUAAGCCAACUUGGAAUCAAAACCAAAAAAAAAAAAAAAAAAAAAAAAGAAAAACAAUGGAACAACAACAACAACCAACUACCACCAUCAACAUCAACAACAACAACAACGAACAACAACAACAACAACAAACUAACAACAACAACAACUCAAAGAUACUCACAAUACUCAGGAACAAACAACCAGGACUGAUCGAACAGGAAGAGAACCACAAGACAUGGAACGAGAUCCUACUCAAGCAAGGAAAACUAGCACAACUGAGACUAGACAGACCGGCAGAAGAAGAAAUCGUAGAACUCAUCACUCAAGAACUCAUCACAACCAAACAGCAAGAACACCAGAGUAGUCUGGUCAGAGAGCUCAUCAGACUAUAUGAAAGCCACCACCAUCACUCACAAGAACAAGAAGAAGAAGAAGAAGAAGAAGAAAGAAGGGCGGAUAACUUGGCCAGAAGGGUCCUCAUCAACUGGGGCAAACGAGAGCCCAAAGAACUCUUCACGAUCCUCGACCGCCUCCUCUUCGCCCGAUCAACAGCAACAACGGAUGAGGACGCUGGUCAAGCAGAGGGAGAAGAGGAGUUUGGUGCACUCGGACUCCUGCUGGACUUCCUGAGCCACCAGCCAUACUCGAUCCACACGAUCCGGGCCACCGGGCUGCUGAACAACCUGGUCCUGCGGCUCAUCGCUGCUCCUCAACCGCCCGGAUCGACCACCCCCGGCCGGCCUCCUCGACGCUCGCUCAAGCUGUCCAUCGACGCCCUCCUGCUCAUCCUGCCCCGGGUCUCCAGCCUGAUCGCCCUCUACUUGCCCUUCCUCUUCCUCGGCUUCGCCAGCUCCCUCUGCUCCGCACACGCCCCUCCCGACAACAACACCCUCAAUCUCGCCCCCCUUCCCCCAAUCCAUCUCGACUUCCUUCUCUCCCUCGACAACGCCCUCCUCAAUCUCUUCUCCUUCCUCUACGGCAUCGCGCCCUGUAACUUCUUGGAUUUCCUUCGGAACCCCGUCGACCUCUUCCUCGCCUUCUCGCCCCCUCUUAAUAAUAAUGGUGAACCUAGCCCGGUCGAGCUCGAUGACCGAUUCAAAGCUCUGCAGCAAGAGUCGAGUCGUGCCGAGCUCGAAGCCUUGGCGCCCGUGGACCGGCUGCGGAGCUUAGUCCUUCCGUUGAUGGACAGACACCGACUCAACAAGAACUUGGUCCUCAUGGCCCCGUCGAGCGAACGCAAGGAGAUCGCCCAUCGACUCAAGAUGUAUGAGCCCGCCGAGCUGAUCGAGAAGUGCGAACGCACCCUCAUCGUCGCUGCAUCAUCGGAAGUAGGAGAGCUGGGAGCGCGGGAUGAGGUGACGCAGGUGGGCGAGCUGUUGGGCUGGUGUGUGCGUGGCUCGAAAUCGACCGACCCAGCGGGCUCGUCGACGACUGUCAAGCCAGAAGAACAGCAGCUCGAACGCCCAUCCACUCCGCCAUCCAUUCCAGCCCCACUCUCCGACCCUCCCGAAGUCCCCCAAGCUUCCGUAGUCCAGCCCGGUCUGCAGAAACAGAUCGAGCAGCUGCGGACCGAUAAUCAGAUGCUCAGAUCUCAGCUCCAUUUGGAACUCUAUCUCAAGUCCCAGCAUCUGCAGCAGCUCGGCUCGGUCCACAAACAGAACAUCCUCGGUGCUGGUCUUGAAGCUGAAAACCAAAACUUGUUAAGGAUGAACAAAGAGUUGCGGAAGAAGUUGCGACAGAAGCACGAGAGCGAGCAGGAGAAACAGAGCUCGAAUCUGAUCACCAGCAGGAACAAGGUGGCCUAUCAGGAGCUCAUCAAGAAGAAAAACCUGGCGUUGAAGAACGAUAAUCUCGCCUUCCUUAGCGCUAAGUUCAGUCUGUUGAAUCAGAUCAACGAGUUGGAGAAGGCCAUCGAGUUGCAGAAUAAGAAUCUGUUGUUUGUCCAAUCUGAGGCACAUGAGCUUAAGAACCAAUUGACAUUACUCGAGCCCGAGCUACGGACGAUGGAGAGUCUGCAGACGCAGACGACGAGUCUCUCGAAUGCGUUACUAGUCUGGGACGACGAUUUGAGACGGUUCAGGGAGGCCCGGUCGAGGAUCGAUUCUCUGCGUGCUCAGGCCCGCAAAUGGCUCUCCCAGGCCUCCUGCAACGAACUCGAAAAUCAACAGCUCCGCGCGCAGUUGUUGAGUCAACAGGAACGCAUCAAUCGACUGGAACUCGAGAACGAGUGUUUCAAGAAACGCAGUGCUGGACGAACGCUCCUAGACCCUGACUCAAAACCACCACACACAGACGACGACGACGACGACAGGAUGAUGGGCACACCUCAUGAUAGGAAUAGUUGUCGAUUGAGGAGCCGAAAGAAGCUCGAGAAUCUUGCCAAGUUAGUGGACGAGUAUCGACACGAGAAUUUUGAGCUCAGACGCAGGAUCGUCGAAUGGGAUAUCGAAGGCGGACGAGUCGAGGCUGAUCAGUCAGUCGGUAAACAGGCCGUCGCGGUCGUGGAAGGUGCGGGCGAGAGGGCAGGAGGCGCGGUCAAAGGUGUGGAGGAGGGACGAGUCGAAGUGGCAGAAGGCGAGGCGGGAGGAGCCGAGGAAGAAAGAGUCGAUGUGGGAGGCGAACUGGGAGCAGGCGAGGCAGGAGGAGGUGAGGCGGCAGCAGUCGAAGUGGGGGAGAUGGACGAGGGCGGAAUGAAGGAUGGCGCGCUCGAAGAGGACAGGACAGAAGUCAAUGAUGAUGGAGACCCAAGUACAACCCAAGCCUUCGACCGCAGCGACAAAGAAGCUCCCACCUCAGUCACCCCUACUACUGCUGCUCCUCUUCUUCAAGACCAACAACCACCAGAAGAUCCUGUUCCUGCUCCUGCGAUGUCUGCUACUCGGCCUGUCGAUCAAGGGGAUGAACCUUCUUGCUUGUCGGUCGACGAUGGAGCAACAGCAACAGUGAAUUAGGAUUGUGGGGUCGUCUGUGUGUGUGUGUUAUUCUCUUCAUCUCGGUUGUAAUCAGUCUUCUUGUUGUUGUUUAUUAUUAUCAAAGAAAGAGGGUUGGGGUUUGUGUGGCUUUGGAUGUAUAGGGUCAUCUGAUCAAGUGAUAUUGAGAAUCGAAAUUGGAUUAGACUAAGAGGGCCGAAGCGUGGAUGGAUGAUUGUACAUCUUUGUUGUCUCCCAUCGUCAUACAUGCUGUCUACUCCUUUCUUUAUAGAUUCAAAUCUAUCUUCUCGGGUACAUCUCUAAUUGUUUUCCUUUUAUUUCCUCCGUAUUCCUUGUGAUUUAUCUUUCUCUUCCUAACAUGUUUCCUAACAUGUUUUUUUUUAGUCUGGU